AGAAGUCACGUGAAACUGGUUAUGGUCAUGUGAUAAUGUGAAAAUGGCAGCUACGGGGGAGGAGGCCGCAGCGAUGGACAGCAUCUGUAAAGCACCAGCUCCCCCGACCGACCUCAACCUCUCAGCCGAACCCGUUUCUGAACCCGAACCCAAGAUAGAUGCCGCCACGAGCGAUGCGACAGAGACCCCGAAAGCCAAAAGACCCAGUAAUAAUAAUGAGGGAGGUGUAGAGACCGCAGAGGAGGCCACUGAACCCGCCGAGCCGGAUAUCAAUGAGCUCUGCAGAGACAUGUUUGACAAAAUGGCAGUUUUCCUACAGGGAGAGCUCACUGCCACCUGUGAGGACUACAAACUCCUCGAAAACAUGAACAAACUCACCAGUCUGAAGUACAUGGAGAUGAAGGACAUAUCCAUCAACAUCAGCCGCAAUCUGCAAGAUCUCAAUCAGAAGUAUGGCGGUUUGCAGUCUUAUCUGGAUCAGAUUAACCAGAUCGAGGAGCAGGUUACGGCUCUGGAGCAGGCUGCAUAUAAACUAGACACAUAUUCAAAGAAACUGGAGGCCAAGUUUAAGAAACUGGAGAAACGGUGAACAUGGCAGAGUCAUCCUCAAUGUUUCUCAGAGAUUGCUUAUUUUAUGCCCUAAACCAUCUUCAGAAUGAUAUCACACAUACACACCCCCACCCAAAUGUAUGAUACACACUAUGACUGUGCAGCAAAUAACAUUAAUUACCAUAUUGAACUCAUCUAUUGAUCAAAAUCCAGGCAAGACUGGGAAGCGCGGGAGUAUAAACUUUGACAUGCGUUCAUACUGACUCUGGAUCAAAAAAUACAUAUUUAAGAUUUCAAAAGGCAUGAAGGCAGAUAAAACAUGUACAGUGUAUUUAAUAUUGCUGCUUAUAUGUUGUUAACAAUUUAACCAUCUAUUAAAGAGUGUUUUAAUGACUUUUUUGUAUGUUUGCAGUUAGAUAAGCAAAUGUUUUGUCAAACAUUUGUAUUACUGUAAUUAUUUUCAGAAUCUUAACUAAAAUGUUGAUUUGUUAACUUUUUGAAAUAAAAAAAAUAUAUACAAAGUGA